GAAAAUUCCCGGAUGCCCGACCAAGAUGUACGAGCAACUGGCAAGGCCCGGCUAUACACCCACCGCGUCUUCGACCACUCGAUUUACAGAGCUUGCGGCCCAUUACGAACCCGCUUUGUCGAUAAUUCACCCUCACGGAGCACGCACGUUGAUCCUCAACGGCGAAGACGUACUGGCCGCGUUCUGCAAGCAGACGGCUUCACGGCGCCCUUCUAAGAGAUGGGAAAGGAUGUGUCCAAGACAGGAUACAGAGGCUGAGUGUGAUGUCACAAACCACCCUCAAACCUCUUUGCUGCGGGCCAUGGAAAGCGGCAGAGCUGUCAAUGGGGCUGCGGGUGGACUACAGCUGCGUUUCGACUGAUGUCGGCGCACGUGGAGGAAGAUGAGUACACGAAGGACAGGAUGUGUGGAAGCGGGCGGUUGCAGUCUAGCACAAGGACAAAUAGGCAUGUAUACCCAGCACCGUAUGACAUUG